UAUAGCUUGAACCCCCGACCUUCUGAUCAUUAACCCAGAGCCUUAACCGUUGAGCCACCACUUGCAUCAAAUUCUGGGUCCGAGCAUGGCUCAGUCCCAUUUCUCUAACCGGUUUUCCUCUUACAGUAAGGUGUUGAAAGCGGAUAGAUCAAACAUGGAUGUUCCUCUUUCUGAGUCACGGCUGGACGUGGAUGUGGAUCUGGGCUUCGCUCUUUUCUUCUUCUUCCUGCUCUGCGUGUUCCUGCUGAUCAGCAUCGUGCGCUGCUCCCAAAUCGUGCUCGAUCCCUACAGCGCCAUCUCAAUCUCCAUCUAUCAGGAGGAGCAGGACGCAUGAACGCUUUAACUCAGGAGCUCUACAAGGAGGAGUCAGAGAAACUCAACACUAAGACUCAGAACUAAAAAUUGCUAAAGUUUUAAAAUACGAAGCAUUUGUUUGUUCUUGUUUGUGUGUAGUCCGUCUCUGGGUGCUUGUUUCUGCGCUGUUUGUACGAUGUCUUAGUGUGAAACACUCAGUGUCUUGCUGUUAUAGGAAAAUAAUCAACAACAAGGUGGUGUGAUGAUGUGGAUUAUCCUUAACAGCACGUCCCAAAUUGUUUUAUUCCUCUUAUACCACAGAAAGUACAGUUGUUAAUGUAUAAGUAACAGCAUUGUGGGGGGGUUUUGUAGCGGAAAUCUAGCUUAAAUAACUAGCAUCCAUGCUAACCACAUGAGGACGUUACAAUUUAUGUGUUAAAUUAAUCAUUUAUUUUCAGUUUAUAAUUUGGGUAACAGGGUUGUAUUUUCAAAAGUGAUCUGGUCAUUCGUUAAUGUUGCAAAUAAAGAAAAAAAGGAGAGAGAACAAGAAAAUGUGCUCCUCUUCUUCCCGUGAUCUUCGGGAAAUUUGGAUGAUGCAACUUCCUGUUGUGGAAUAUUCCAGAAUUCCAGAAUGUACACUAAAAUGUUUCACAUCAAAUUUCGAGUCGAGGAUGUUCAUUUAAAAAUAUAAUGUUUUUUUGUUUUUGUUUUUUAAAAAAAAAAAAAAAAAAAAAAGUAUGUUAAUGGUUGAGUGUUAAGUGGUUAAAUGGUUGUGUUUCAAGGUAAAAUAUAAUUAGUUUUCUGAAAUGCUAUUGUUGUAGAUUUUGUAGGUUUUAUUGAAGGUGUGUGUACACACACACACACAUAUAUUUAUUUAUUUAUUUAUUUAUUUUACCUGUGUACACUUUACGUGUUUUUAAUGUUUAAACGAUUAAAACUCUCAUU